AUGCCGUUAGUGGAAUUUGCUUAUAACAAUAGCUACCAUGCGAGAAUCAGAAUGGCUCCAUAUGAAGCUUUGUAUGGCAGGAAAUGUCAAUCUCCGCUGUGUUGGUAUGAAACUGGAGAAAGAAGUUUAUUAGGGCCUGAGGUGAUAGCUGAAACUACUGAGCAGAUAAAAAAGAUUCGUAGCCGAAUGCUUAUAGCCCAGAGCCGUCAGAAGAACUAUGCCGAUCAGAGAAUUGGGCCGGUGGCUUAUAGAAUUGCUUUGCCGCCGUAUCUUUCAAACUUGCACGACGUAUUUCAUGUAUCACAUCUUCGGAAGUAUACUCCUAACGCAAGUCAUGUUCUAGAACCGGAAACAAUCCAAGUGAGAGAAGAUCUAACACUUCCAGUAAUUCCGGUAAGGAUUGAUGACACCAGCGUUAAACGAUUGCGUGGGAAGGAAGUAUCACUGGUAAAGGUAGCUUGGAGUCGAGGUGGUAUUGAGAAACACACUUGUGAACUUGAGUUAGAUAUGUGGAAGGACUACCCACAUCUCUUUUCAGGUAACUGA